AUCUUCAAUCUGUGAUGAAAUGGAAGCACUCAGCUUUUAGUCAAUUAUGUUGAUGGCAUGAAUUAAUGAUUUCCUUCAUGAACAAAGUCCAUGCAAUAACCAAGGAAAUUGACGCAAUGGACUCUGCACCAGCUGAAAUCUCUGUGCAACUCUGUUGCUGAGUCCGUCCGAAAUCUAAAACAGUGACCACUAGAUGUCACACACGCCCAAAAGCUUAUUUUGUGCUUGAAAGAAUGCAGAUUUUUAAUAAGAACCACUUAAAUUUUAACCAAGUUUUACCAUCUCUUCCAAAACAAACCCUAACCCUGUCUCUGCACACUUGUUUGUAAUGCAAAAUAUUUCAGUGCACUUCCUGAAUGUGCAUGCAUAAGCGAUGCUUUGUGAAUUGUGGGUUAAAAACACCAAAGAACAGUCAGCAAUGUGCACAAGUCAAUCAACAAAUUGUCACAGCCCAAAUUUAUGCAGAACAUAAGUAGAAAACAUUCAGAGCAAGUUUAUCUAACCUGUUUUCACAGUAAGACAUUCAUCUCUAAAACAGCCAGUAUUCUGUCUCAUAAGGAAUAGAGACACGACUACAAUAUUUCACCCAACGCUUCCAGUUCCAGUUUUGUUUAAUAAUUGUCAAGGUUAGUCAAAGUCUCUCCCACACAUUAAGUCAUAAUUGUGACACACGUGAUUGUUUUUUUAUAUCAGUACUAUGAUGCCCCCUCUAUUUAUACUUUAUUGGUAUUCUCGUGCUGUACCUUAGAUAAGGAUUCUCUCAUCUUAUCCUAUAAAACAGUGAACAGAUCAAAGCUCUUCUUUAUCAUUUAAUCCUCAUCUAAUAACAAUCAUCUUUUAUUAUGCACAUGACUAACUAGCUAAUAUACUGUACAUUAUCAUUCUCUAUUAGUGAACAAAUCUAUCAGUACAUAGGAUGAAUGUUCAUGAAGAAUAUUACGAUACAGUGAAAAACAUAGUCAGUGUCAUGUAAGUUCACUCAAUGUCCAUUUUAGCUACUCACUCCUUCUUCACACCUCUUACUUACCUUUACAAACAUUAACAGUAUCUGCCAUUUUACAUUAACUUUGUAAGAAUUACUGGACCCGAUCCUCUCACAAAGAGUGACUCAAAUUAAACCAACCAUAAAAUCUCCUUUCAUUAGAUAACUAACAUUACAAGUAAUCACACUUAAUAUCCAUUGUAGUGACAUAAAUGUCUGUGACAGUAGCUUUGUUGUCAGUUUCUUUCUCACCUGCAGUGUUGUUGUUUUAUUACUGUAGUAGUCACAUUUUCCCCAUGACCUAUGACCUAUGUUUUUAAGUUUGAAAUGACAGGUUUCUCUAUGCAUCACUGGACUGAUGGUCCAAAACAUGGAAGUGCUGUGUGACACAUUAAAUGAUGUGAGUAGCAGGAGCAGUGACCAUACCUUAAAGAUUUAGAUUUAGAUAAAGAUUUAACCUACCCCACCUCCUGAAAUUCCUAACAUUACCAAUAACUACUGAGUAACCUGGAGAUUUACAAUGACCACUUGUGAACAUGUUGCGAUGUUGAUUCACCUCAGGUACACCUCAGGAUCAUUGUCCUUUUAAGUCAUUGAAAUUAUGGCUGACUUCAGUACUUUGUGUCCUUGAUGGAUUAUUAACUCAAGUGAACUAAUCUUUAUAGUCUGCUGAAAGCAUCAGAGUGGACAAGACUCCUGCCAAGCUCAGUUAUCUAUAUGUUCAUCAGAAGAAGCAGCUCUAAUGGUAGUUGGAUUGGCAAAGCAGGACACAACAGAGGACUAACACCCUGAAGCCUUUGGAUUUUUCUAUUCUUUGUUGAAGGUUUGAAGGGAAACUUUUAAUAUGAAUGCAGCUGAAUAUGUCUGACAGUUGACAGUGUCUGAAAUGCUGAAAUACAUUUGUCUUUAGUGAGUAUUUUUGCUGGACUUGAGGACAAUUUCAAGAUAAUUUAGAGGGAAGAACAUUAAACAUUUGCAAGAUUGCAUAAUACAGAAAUCCAGCUAAAUAUAAGCAAUCUUAACUACAGCUCAAAGAGAACUGUUAGGGCAAGGAAGCUUCUUCUGCUGAACUAACCAUGACUGGUACAGGUGGUCAAGUGGCCACGUUCUCUGUGUGGGAUUAUGUGGUGUUUGCUGGAAUAAUUUUGGCGGCUGCUGGAGUUGGCCUUUUCCAGGCCAUCCGGGGCCGUAAGGAGACCAGCAGCGCUGAGUUCUUGUUGGGUGGACGGCAAAUGACAGCUGUACCAGUUGCCAUGUCGCUCACUGCCAGCUUCAUGUCUGGCAUCACAGUCAUCGGCACACCUGCUGAGGCCUACCUUUAUGGAACUGCCUUCUGGCUCUUCGGCUUCUCCUACACCAUCAUGUCUGUUAUCACUGCAGAGAUCUUUGUCCCCCUUUUCUACCGACUGGGGAUCACCAGCGCCUAUGAGUACCUGGAGAUGCGUUUCAGUCGGCCCAUUCGGUUGAUCGGGACAUCGAUGUACAUUGUGCAGACGGUCCUGUACACAGGUUUGGUCAUCUAUGCUCCAGCUCUUGCACUAAAUCAAAUCACUGGACUUGAUCUAUGGGGAGUGCUGGUGGCUACAGGAGCAGUGUGCAUCGUCUACUGCACUUUGGGUGGCCUGAAAGCAGUAAUCUGGACAGAUGUGAUGCAGAUGGUGGUCAUGCUGGCAGGUUUUGUGGCUGUUAUAGCUAGAGGAGCUGUACUGCAGGGAGGCCUGACGAAGAUUUGGGAAGACUCCCGCCAAGGAGGCAGACUCGAGGCGUUUGAUUUUGACCCAGAUCCACUGAGGCGACAUACUUUCUGGACCAUUCUUAUUGGUGGGAGCGUGAUGUGGGUGUCUAUCUAUUCAAUCAACCAGUCCCAGGUGCAGCGCUACAUCUCCUGCAAAACCUUGGGGCACGCCAAAAUGUCUUUGUAUGUGAACAUGGUUGGCUUGUGGGUAACUGUGAGUCUGGCUGUAUUUUCUGGCCUCACCAUGUUCUCCAUUUACAAGAACUGUGACCCACUUGCAAAUGGUGAUAUAGGUACUCUUGACCAGAUGCUUCCCUACCUUGUAAUGGACAUUCUGGCAGCCUACCCAGGAAUCCCUGGCUUGUUUGUGGCUGCUGCAUAUAGUGGGACCCUGAGCACUGUGUCUUCCAGCAUCAAUGCCCUAGUCGCUGUCACUGUGGAAGACUUUAUUAUGCCUAUAUGGAAAAACCUCACAGAGAAACAAGUGACCUGGCUGAACAUGGGCCUGAGUGUAUUCUUCGGUGCCCUGUGUAUUGGGAUGGCCGGAGUUGCCUCAAUGAUGGGAAGCGUUCUGCAGGCAGCUCUGUCCGUAUUUGGUAUGAUCAGUGGGCCUCUUCUCGGUCUUUACCUAUUAGGCAUGCUCUUUCGCACAUCAAAUUCAAUAGGAGGACUUGUGGGAAUGAUCAUUGGUCUGGUGUUGACUCUGUGGGUGGGGAUUGGAGCCCAGCUUUACCCACCAACAGCUGAAAAGACAGUCCCUCUCCCAGUCAGCACUGCAGGCUGCAACAACACAAUGGGCCAGAACUACACCACAACAGCUCCCUGGACCAGUCCAGUGACCCAGCAGCCCGAAUUCAGGCCAGAUCUAGCAGACUCCUGGUACUCUCUGUCAUACCUCUACUUCUCUCUGUUGGGCACACUGACCACAAUGGUGUUUGGCCUCCUGGUGAGCAUGAUGACAGGUGGUUGCAAGCAAGAGAAGCUAAACUCAGAUCUGUUUGUGAAGAAGAGAGACCUGGUCUGUUUCAGGUGGUGCAGCAAAUCAGAGGAAUCAGACACCAAAGGAAAGGCUACAUCAGACUUUCAAAUGGAUGCUGACAAGUCAACAUUACCAGACUCUGAUGUAACAAGUAAAGAUGUUGAAAAAGCUACCAAACUGUAAUGCUGCUAUAUCAAUACACUGUGUCAGUUUCGGAGACAUAUUUAAUGUACAUAUUAAAAAAAAAAAAAAAAAAAAAAAGAAUACACAAAUGACAAGGCAUAAUUUUUCUGCUGCUACAACCCUGCGGUGCGUUUGAUUCACAAAAACACAUAACUGAAACUCGAUUAUGUGCAUAUUUAUGUUGGUAUUUAUGUUAUGCAUUAUGUUGGCAAAUACACAAUUACUUAGACUGGGCUUAAAAACUAGCUAUAAGGCUUGGUAAAACUAAAACUGAACUUACAAUAGUCAUAAUUCAAUUCAAUUUAAUUCAAUUUAAUUUAAUUU